AUGGAUACCCCAACAAAAUCAAGAAGAGCAAAUGGGUCAAUUGCAUUCCCAGAAGAUUUUAAACCAGUUAAAAGAAAUAUUCAAAGUGAAUUAAAUCAAGAAUUAGAGACAUGUUUAUUUUCAUUUAGAGAUAAGGAAUACAGUGCUGAAAAAUUCAGUGGUAUUGUAUUCCGUGAAAUGGGUUGGAAAGAUUUCGAUCGUUUAGAUAAAGAAAGAAUUAGUUUAUAUUGGGUUGAUCAAGUAAUUCAUGGUGUAACUGGUGUACUUUGGUCACCAGGUGGUUAUGAAGAUAAAGAGAAUUAUUUUGGUAGUUCUUUAAAUUUUUUAAAACCAUCUUUUAAAUCACCAACUGCCAUCGUCUCUCAAAAUGGUGAUGUUAAAGUAACUUAUUGGUUUAAUGAUUUAAAAAAUAAAAAGGUUAUACAACUUCAAGUUAUUUUCGAUACAAAUGGUGAUAUUAAAUCAAGAACUAUUUUAUCAAGUGGUGAUUCUCAAUUUUAUACAGGUUUAUCAGUUAUUGUUGGUGGUGCUACUGCACUUGCACUUGGUUUAUUCUUUUUAAGAAAUAAAAAAUUCGUUACCCCAGUGCUCAGAAUUGCUUCAUCAAAAUUUAAAAAUUAA